CGACUCCCCGACCAAUUCGAACCGAGGCGAAGAGAGCAAGGGAAGCAGAAGCGGCACCUCGAGGUCCUUAUCGUACAUGCCGGAUCUAUUGAUUCUUUGAGGUUCUCGACGCUCUCCCGAGAGGAGCAGUGGUUUCUGAUGGGAGAAUGGUGAAAUAUUUGGUCGGUCUCGCUUAGGCUUUCUUGUUGACGGCGGAAGGGCGAUCUCGGUCCCUUUUCGGGAUUCGCGAUUGUUUUCUUGGGUCGAAAGUAUGAGGGGAAGGGCCGGUGAUGACGGCAAUCUAUUCAAUUUCAAGAAGAGGAAGCGGUCCGGACGGAAUCGGUCUGGGCAAACACCAAACGUCGACUACAUCAGCUCCAGCUGCGGAUCAUGCGUUACAUCUUCUACUUACUAUGUUAGUCUACUCCGUCAUUGCGAGUGUCAAACAUCCAAGCAAAUGGCACAAGCAGCAAGGCUGAAUCUGAGGCUGCAGAAGGAAAUUAAGCUGCUCAUGACUGACCCACCUCAUGGAGUCUCCCUUCCUUCACUAUCUGAUAACCCAAACCUACCGUCUGUAUCACUUUUAAGCAUUGAGGCCCAGAUUGAAGGACCUGAAGAAACUGUAUACUCCAAAGGCAUUUUCACUGUCAAGAUUCAAGUACCUGAAAGAUAUCCUUUUCAACCACCGAAUGUGACCUUUGUUACACCAAUUUACCAUCCCAACAUUGAUAAUGGAGGCCGCAUUUGUCUUGAUAUUCUCAAUCUGCCACCAAAGGGUGCAUGGCAGCCAUCAAUGAACAUUUCAACUGUCUUAACAAGCAUUAGAUUGUUACUGAGUGAGCCCAACCCUGAUGAUGCUCUAAUGGCUGAAACUAGCAGGGAAUUCAAGUACAAUAAACAUGUCUUCGAGCAAAAGGCCCGAACUUGGACAGAAAGAUAUGCUAAUCCUGGCUCUACAGGGAGAAGUAGUGAUCAUGCCCUUUCGACCAGCCUGAACGUGGCACCAUUGGAACACAUUCACGAAAUUCCAGCCACCGAGAUCCACAGGAGGCACAAGAAGCUUCGCCUAACAUGUCAAGAUCUAUCAACAAACCCAACAACACCUACUGGAAUCAGCAACAAUGAUGAAAAUCAGAAUGUAAUACCUACUCAACAGCGAUCUGUAUCGGACAGGCAGCAAACAGGUUCAUCAAGUUUUGAGUGGUCGCUGUGUGCCAGUGCCACAAUUCACAAAAGAUCUCUUGAUGAGCAUGCUGAGGAAGCUGUGAAAGAUGAUCCCAAGCAGGUGGAAGCAAGUCCAGAAUUCCUAGAGACAAUCAUCAUAUCUGACAGUGAAGAAAGUGAUGAUGAAGAUGAUCCACCCUCACAAUUUUUGCGAAAGAAAAUAGUUUGAGAUAUUGUCUUAGCCUGAGCAGAAAAGAGAACAAGAAGCACUGUGAAUCUAGCACAAUUCUGAUCCCGAGCUCAGUUGUAAUAUGCAAAGUUGUAUUCAAAUCUUUUGUUUUGAGGCAUUGACAUGAUGUAUAAGUCCAAACCCCAAAAUGUUGCUAUGUAUAUGAUGUGAUGCCUUUAGAACAACUAU